UUGCCGUAAUCCAGUUGAAGAUUCAUAAUCGUUCACGUAGCUAACAUGGCAGGCACCAAAGUAAGCCUGAAACUUGUGGUAGAUAAAAGGAAGCAACGACUGAUCUUUGCUGAAGCAGACAAAGAAUUUGUUGAUUUCCUCUUCAGCAUUUUCAGUCUGCCCGUCGGAACAGUCACUAGGCUCCUCAAAGAGGAAGGCAUGGUAGGCUGCUUGCCAAGCCUCUACAAUAGCAUUGAAAAUAUGAGCGAUGCAUUCUUUCAGCCAGACCGGAAAAAAGAUUUCCUGUUAAAGCCCAGAGUAGUCAUUCCUGGUCCUAAAGUCCCUCUCCUCUUGCCAAACGUUGAUGAGUUAUUUACAUGCAGGAAAAAAUUAAAUAGUAUCUGCAAUAACAGCGGUUGCAGCUCCUAUCGAAUUCGCGAAAUCGAAUAUAAGCAGGGGAAUUCAUGUUCUAGUUGCAUCAAUUUCGUGAACUGUAUCUCUAGAGAGGUAGGUUACGUGAAAGGGAUGGUUCGAUACAUGGUGACGGAUGAUCUGGAGGUGAAGCCCAUGUCCACCAACUUCGGUAUCACUCUGCUUAGAGAGUUUAAUGUCAAGGAUAUUGAGGAGAAAGUGGUCGAUUUGGGCAUGGAUGAGGGUCUCAAAUUGCUCAAGGCUUCUCUACAAUCGAAGACGGUUCUGACUUCUGACUGACGUCUUCCUUCCAACCAGUGGAGAUCAUUGAAAGAAGCGAGUGGUUGCAUUGUAUUGGUCUUGUACGUAAUUUCUAGGUGCAAGAACCCUGUGGGAUUAUUUAUCCAAAAAAGUAUCGAUCUAUCACU